AUGUCCAACAUUAUUUGGCAUAAUGUCAGACGUCAACGUGCCAGUCUAAAUACAAAGUACCAUUGUAUUUAUGGAUUCUUUUUCCUGGGACUAUCUAGACAACGACUUUGUGAAAUUUACGGCAAAAGUAAAUCCACAGUAUGUGCCUGGAUUACUUAUAAGCAAAAUAGUGUCUUAUCGGAAAAAGAAAAGCAGCUGGUAUAUAGAAAGUUCGGCAUGGCUAAACGACAGUGGAUUGUAAAUUUAUAUAUGAGGGAACCCACUUUAUUUCUCGAUGAGGCACAGAAACGUUUUUUUCAUAGAUUCAAAAUUUCAAUAUGCCGAGCUUCAAUAGUAAGGAUACUCCAUGCGGAAGGUAUGAGUUGGAAGAAACUUGAACGUCGAGCAAUGCAAGUCCGUAACGCUGAUAUUGCCAAAUAUUGCGAGGAGUUAUCAUUCCAAUGGGAUUUGCCAAACCUAGUUUUCUUGGAUGAGGCAGCCUUUGAUAGCAGAGAUAUGUUACGCAACAGAGGUUAUGGUUUUGUCGGAAAAAGAUUAAUUUUCCGUGGUGAGUUUCGUCGACGUCCGAGAGUGUCAACUCUUUGUUUUCUUGGUCAGGGUGGCCUUCUUGAUUCAUUCAUGACGAAGGGAACAUUUACUCGAAAGAUUUUUUUCGAGUGCUGUCGCACGUUUGCUUUACAAUCUGGUAAUGUGCAGACAUACCCGGGUUUCUAUUCAGUUUGGGUGAUGGACGGUGCUAGAAUCCAUUGUGAUAAACACAUUAUUAUGUAUCUUAGGUCCCUGGGUAUUGUCCCGAUCUUUUUACCCGCGUACUGCCCCUUUUACAAUCCGAUAGAGAUUAUUUUUGGCAUAAUUAAGCGAUACCUAAGACGACGUUAUGUGGAAAAUGACCCAAAAGACCUCAAAACAGUUGUAGGCGAUGCUUUACUUAGCUUCAAAAACUAUGAUUGCACCAAAAUUAUAAGAAAGUGCGGCUAUAACGAAGGUGGUAUCUUUGACCCUAAGGUAGGGCUUAACCAAUCGUUGCAAAACUUCGACUUUUGUUCGGAACUUGAAUCGAAAGAAGUGAUUUGA